AUGUUCGUUGCCUCCGGCCCCCGCCUCGCCGCAGCCGUCACGAACGCGGGCGGCCUCGGCGUCAUUGGCGGUCUGUCCAUGACGCCCAAGCAGCUGCGCAUGAACAUCACCGAGCUCAAGAGCUACCUGAACGACAAGAAUGCCAAGUUUGGCGUCGACCUGGCGCUGCCCAAGAUUGGCGGCGGCGCGCGCAAGACGAACCACGACUACACGCACGGGCACCUCGACGAGCUCAUCGACAUCAUCAUCGAGGAGAAGACGGCGCUCUUUGUGUGCGCCAUCGGCGUGUGUCCUCCUGCAGUGGUCGAGAAGCUGCACAAGGGCGGUGUCGUUGUCGCCAACAUGAUCGGACACCCCAAGCACGUCGCCAAGGUCUGCGACGCUGGCGUCGACAUGGUCAUCGCCCAGGGAGGCGAGGGUGGCGGCCACACCGGCGACGUGCCGUUCUCCAUCCUCCUCCCCGCUGUUGUUGAUGCCGCCAAGGGGCGCAAGUCGCCCAGCGGCAAGGACAUCAUCGUUCUCGGAGCCGGUGGCGUCACGGAUGGUCGCUCGCUGGCGGCCGCGCUCUCAUAUGGCGCCGCUGGCGUCUGGGUUGGCACGCGCUUCGUUGCGUCCGUCGAGGCUGCCGCCCCAAAGGCUCACAAGAACCAGAUUCUCAGCACGCAGUGGGGCGAGACGACCCGCACCGUCAUCUACUCUGGCCGUCCGCUGCGAUGCAAGAAGACGCCCUACGUCGCCGAGUGGAACGACACGCGCCAGAAGGAGAUUGAGGAGCUUACGUCUCGCGGCAUCGUCCCGCACAUGCACGAGCUGGAGAAGCACCCCGAGCGCUCGAUCGAGGGCAAGAUUUGGAUCAUGGGAGAGAACGCCCCGCGCAUCACCGAGGUUCUGACGGCAAAGGAGAUUGUCGACGAGCUCGUCGAGGGCGCCGUCAAGUCUAUCCAAACGUGUGCCGCCGACCUCCGUGGAAAGGCCAAGCUUUGA